AUGGAGGAUAAAUAUAAAAAGAUUGAAAAUAAGAAUGUAUCUCCUAAUACUGUAGAGGAGAUAUAUAAGAAUUUGCAUGGUAAUAAUGUUUUAGAACCAUUUGUUACUGAUUUACAGGGAGAUACUACCCAGGAGCAUACAACUUUAAAUAAAGAACGAAAUUUGGAGGGAAGAGAAGAAGAUACUGAAACUUUGGAAAUGACUAAUAAACUUGAUUUAACAAGGAACGAAGAGGGGAAACCUAAAAGGAAGAAACGAAGGUAUAGUAAACAAAAUAUAAGUGGAGGCUCUUUACAGAGUUUACAACAUGCCACAGAAUUUAGGUCAGUAUCUGGUGAAUCUGAAUUAUCUGCUGAUUCAAGCGAAGGUGAAGAGGAUCUAGAUAGUCCAAAUAUCCAGGAUAAAUGGCAGAAAAAUAAAAGAAAAUUGCAAAGGAAGUCUGAAAGACAUCUAUAUAUUCAAGACGAAGCAGAAGAAGAUGAAGAGCUAAAUGAUGAAUCUAGAGUAUAUGACAACUCUUCAUCUGAAGAUGAUGAUGAAGAUGGAUAUGAUGAGCUGAAGGAUUUUAUAGUUGAUGAGAUAGAUGAGGAAAUAGAAGAACCUAUUUAUAAUGGAAAGCUCAUAGAGGGUGAGGAGCAAGAAGUACCAGGUGAAGAGGAAAGUGAGAGUUUAGACGAUGAUGAUGAUGAAAUUUUGCAGGGAGGGCUUGAAGAAGAUGACUUAGAUUUAAUUGAAGAGAAUACAGGGAUAAAAUUGAAGGCAGAUGGAGUCAAACAUCGUUUAAAGAAGCUGUCAGAAACUGUGAACUCUGGAAAUAAUUUAAUAAUGGGAGAAAAUAUAAAUGAUUUGGAACAACAACUAUUUCAUGAAGAUGAGGAUUAUGAUGGUUUUGAAAAGGAUGGACAGCAUGUAAACUUGAAGCAAUCUACAUAUGACUCCAGAGUCAAUUUAUAUGAUGGUGAUGAUGAAUAUGAUGAGUAUGAUGAAGACUCCUGGAUGGUGGAUGACAGUGGAGGACGAGUUAAUAUAUCUCAAGAUGAUUCUUAUAAUCUGAUACAGUCUGUAUUUGGUGAUUACCAGACAGUACUGAACAUUUUAAUGAAUAAAGUUGUGUAUAAUGACAAUUCAUCGUCUAGUUAUAACAAUACGAAACAGAGAGCGAGGUUAGAGACAAUUAGAGAAGAUUCAAUAAAUACGAAAGAAGAUGCCUUAGAAGAAGAGGGUGAAAUAGAGACAAUUCAGGACCAAAUGAAGAGAACAGUUUUAGAUAGUUUGCAAGAGACUGUUGAACCUGGAGAAUUACAAAGCCAAACUUUAACUGAAUUUGAUAGUGAAAUUAAACUAGUUGAUAUUCCAGAACGUCUGUAUUUAUUGUAUCACUAUCGUUGGAAAUCUAUGAAUGAUAAGAGAGUUGAAAAAGAUGAAUUAUUAGAAGAAUCUCAAUGGAUAGCAAACAAAUUUGUGAAUAUAUAUCGUGAUAUAUUUAAGGAAGAUAUAAUUAGAAGGAAUUAUAGCUUAAUAUUUAAGACAUCCUUCCCUUAUCAUGUUGGAAAUGUUGUACAGAAUGUAGCUAGUGCUAUUUACAAAGUACUAGAUUGGCUGUUAAAUGAUCGUUUAGAUCUCCCAUUUAUUUACCAACAUAGAAUCUAUUUGGUUCAACCUCCACUAAAUGAAUUUUUUAUUGGGAAGAUUAUUUUAUAUGAUUCUAUAUAUUACAAAAUUAAGACAUCGAUGAAUUCAUUACAUCUUAAUCUUUUAAGCUAUCAAAACAUCCUUAGUAAUAAGAAUAAGCAAGGUAGUGUAACUUUGCAUGAUGGUAAUAGUGAGGAUCAGGUAUCCAAUAACCUAGAUGACACUUUAACACUUGAUUUAUCUUUAUUUAAUGAUAUUCUAUCCAUAUGUAGAAAUUUUGACUCAUUUAAGGAUGUGGAUAAGAUUCGUAAUUAUAUAAUAUACCAUCUCGAUACUCCUAGAUGGAGGAGAUCAGUUGGGUUGGAUCCAAUUAAAUCACCUGAAGGUGAGUUAUUUUCAGGUUCAAACAAAAAGAGACGGAACUUCACAAUGGAACUCUUUCACCAAAUAGAGAAUGAUAGGAUAUAUGAGUGCUGGGGUCAAUAUAUCGUAUCUCCUCAAAUACUGUCGAUUUACAUGAAAAGUUUUGUGGCUCCUCAAUUUCGUUGUUCAGUACCUACAGGAAUAGCUUCAAAUGUAACUCUCCUUCCACCAGAUGGUCCUACUAUUGAAAAUACAAAGUCAGCUUUAUAUAAAUGGUUUGAUAAAUUCACAAAUUCUAAAAGUCCCUAUUUUAUUACUAGUGAAAAAAUGAUAGAAUCUUUAAUUAUAUACGAAGCUAAGAGAUUAGCAACUUACCCCUUAAUUCGAACGAAAAUUAAGGAAUUUUUCUUGGCAAAUAUAUGUGUAACAACUGUGACAACAGUGAAAGGUGAAAAGACUUUGAAUCCUUCAAAUCCUGGUUGGAUUGCUAAAAGGCUAUAUAGGCACCCAAUUAAUGCACUGUUAACAGGAACUUACUUACCAGUUGGUGAUAGAGGAUCUGGAUCUUCUAAGCUUUUAGAUGGAUGUUUAGCAUCUGAAAUUUUUGAAUUGGAGCGACUAGGGCUUAUUGAUAUUGUUAUUCAUCCAUUGUGUAUAGAUGAUAAGGCCCCAUGGAGAGGGGAGGAUGGUGAGGACAAGAUGAAGGAGAGAUUUAUGCAUGAAGUCCCACUUCUUUCUGGUGAAAAUUAUUUAAUUCAAAGCAACUCGUCAAAGACACCUCUCCCAAGUCCAAUAUUAAGUAGGUUCGAACAGGAAUUUUGUUCUUUUAGAAGCAGUGAUAAUAUAGAUAAUAGAAUAAUUGGAACCUUAUUAGAUGAGCUGAAGUAUGGUUUUGUAAGUAUUUCAGGGAGUAUUUGGAGUAGAUUGAUUCAGAUUCCUAUAUUGCAUCGUUUAGUAGAAAAGGAGCUCUUCCCAGUAUUUAGACAACAUACAAUAGAACUCUUGAAGAGUAGAGCUGAUGAGUAUAUUGCUGAACUAUGUUACCAUAACUUAUCAAAGAGGCUGAACUUUAUAGCUCCAAGGCGUCCUGUAACAAUAAGUGAUCCUAAGAAGCAAGGGAAUUAUAAUGAUGACAAUGAUGAUGACGAUGAUGAUGAUGAUGAUGAUGAUGAUGAUGAUAAUAAUGAUGAUAAUAAUGACAAUAAUAAUAAUAAUAAUAAUAAUAAUAAUAAUAAUAAUAAUAAUAAUAAUAAUAAUAAUAAUAAUAAUGGUGAUAAAUACGAUCACAGUGAACUUUCUAAAGUAUCAAGAAUCCGUAGAAAAUAUAGAUUACAUGAAAAUGCUAUUCCUGAUACAUGGGGUUUAGAAGUUAUUUCCUGUGUUAUAGAUAAGGCUAAGAACGGUUACCGAACUUAUAUUGUGGUUCUAGAUAUACAUGGUGAGAUGAGAGAUUACCUAAUUUUAAAUUUCCUAUUUUCUGUACAAGGUCCUGGGAAAAGUACAUCUAGUUUGCUUAAUAAUAGAAAUUUUGAGGUAGGUGCAGACUUACAAAGGCGUGAAGAAGAAAUAAAGAAUCUGGUUGAGUUUACAAAAAUAUAUUACCCACACUAUAUAGGUAUUGGAUUAUCUGAUAAGAGAGCUUUGGAGUUGAGCAAUAUUUGGAAUAAUGAGAUAUUAACCAAAAUAAGUAGAUAUCAGAAACGAAGUCAUGUUCCACAGGUUUUGAUGAUAUCUAUGGAUGUCCCUAGAGCCUUAACUAAAAGUUCUAAAGGCAUCAAAUCUGAAUCAGGACCUGGAAAUAAGAAUAAAGAUGAAUACCCAACAGCUUUACUGAUGGCUAUAUCAGUAGGAAGGUUAAUUCAAAAUCCACUUGCAGAGCAGUUGCAACUUUGGGACGAUUCAUGCAAUGAAGUUGAACAUGAGUUAGCUAGCACAUCUGAAUUAAAAGGUACUUCUACCUCUAUAGUGAACACAGGUGGGCUACAAAGUAGAUUUAAUAAUACUUUGAGCUUGAGGUUACAUCGUUUCCAAAAUAAAGUGGACAUAAAACUACUACAAUUUCACUUACUGUUGGCAAUAAGGUUGGCUGUAGCAAAUAUAGGUGUCCAAAUUAAUCGUAUUAAAGGUCACGAUCAUUUACAGUCGCCUUUGAAAUUUGUAGGUGGCUUUGGGAUUAGGAAAGCCAGGAUUUUAAUUCAUUAUCUAGAUUCAAAUUCAAGUAGUAUUACAAACAGGAUGCAACUUCAGCUAAAUGAUGAAGAUGAGACUUUUGACAGCAGAAACACAAAGCUAUUAGAUGAAUAUGAUAAUGAUUACCUGGAUAGAUCUCGCAGAUCAGUUGGUUGUCUAUCUCGCAAUGUACUGUUCAAUUCUCUAACAUUUCUAAGAAUAGAUGAUCAUGACUAUGGAUUUAAUGCAUUAAGAAAUUCUUCUGAUUCAAAUUUAGAACGUAAAUUAAGUAAUAAAUCAAGAAUUUCUAUAAAAGGUUAUGAAGAUCGAAACUUGCAAAAUAUGAAUAUCUUCGAUAUAAGUAGAUUGCAUGAAUUAGAAGAUAAGGAAUUAGUGACGACAAUUUUAGGCAAUAUUCAGGAUCAAAAUGAUUCUAAAACAAGAAAUGGAAAGGCUAGCUCAAGCGACCACUUAUUAUCUUGGGAUUGGAUUAGAGAGAGGAACUCGAAACUAGAAGUUUUAGAUAUGGAGGCAUAUGCGAAGUUGAUGUAUGAGAAUCAAGAUAAACCUAGGCUAUUACCUUAUCUAAAUAGAAUUCAAAAAGAGCUACAAAGACCAUAUGAUAUUACCUUGUAUACACGUGAGUUUAGAGGAGUUGAGAAGUACAGGCAACAUAGAGAAAUUAUGAAUAUUUCAGAUGAGGACUUAUAUGUUGGGUGUGAGAUUAGCUGUAGAGUUACAGGUAUAUUGCAUAAGGGUACAGGCUCACGUUUCAAUUCAUAUAAAUGUCCAGUAAUGUUUUGGCAUGAUCAGUACAACUUAAAAAUUGUCGUUGAAGACUUUGAUAUGUUUUGGAAUGAAAUAUUGGAUGAAAAUCCAAGUAUAAAAUUGGCAGCUUUAGAAUCUUUGUUUGUAAUAAAUAGCCCCAUUUUAGGAAUCGUCUCAAAUUUAGAUCAAAAUCAGCACUGUAUAUAUGUAGUUCUGUCUCAGAAGAAAAUUUGUGAUAUUUUGAAUUAUUCAUUAGAUCAAUUAUGGAGAAGUCAGCAAUAUUAUCAGGAUAAUGCAAAACAUUAUACUCAAAAUUCAUCAAGUUCAAUAUUCUCUCAGGACUCAUGUUCAUCUUUGUUAUGGUCAGAUAUUCGUCACUUUGCUUUCAUACUAUUUAAGAAAAAUUAUAAUCUUAUUUUUAAUAACUAUUCUAGAAAUGUAAGAAACUCUAAAUCUGUUAUUUAUAAAGGAGAUGCUCUGGAUAUAUAUGGAAGUUCUAAACUAAACACUUCCUCACAUGCAAUACAUAGAACUAUUCAUCAUCCAAAUUAUAGAAGUUGGAGUCACGAGAGAAUUAUUGAGUAUUUAGAAAAUGAAUCUAUUGUAAUGGGAGAAACUAUUAUAAGACCUUCUAAUACAGCAGUUGAUAAAUUGAACAUGUACAUAAAAGUUAGUGACAAACCAUUCAUGUGCAAGAUUACUACUAUUGAGGAGUAUAACCAAAGACUUCCAGGGGAAUUGGGGAGGAAACUUAAAAUUGAUAAUACUGAGUAUAAUGAUAUAGAUCAGAUUUUGAUACAAUAUGUUCAUCCACUGAAAAUACACUUAAAUGAUGUAUAUAACCACUCUAAGUAUAGGAGAAACAUGGAAUAUCAGAAUAUGGUAACAGAAUUACUCCUAGAAUCUACUCGUAGCGGAAAUUCAAUAGUUUGGGGUAUAGUAAUGGAUAAACAAAUUCCUUGUAGAUUUCAUUUGGUAUCAGUACCUCCAAAUAAUAGAGUAGGCCCUAGUGGAGCUAGAAUACACUUUGAAGACGGAAUAUACGUUAACAACAAGGGUUUUCAGUUAUGGAGGAAGACAGAAAGUACUUUAAGGAAGCUCUUAAACUGGUGGAAGACUGAUGGAUUUUUUAAAAGAAAUUUCUAUUUGGAAGAUUAUAAAAAAUAUAAACAAUUAAUGGUAAGGCAGAAACAAACCAAUGAGGAGUCAGUACCACAUUCCUAUCAAUACAGAACAAGUUAUAAUGGAAAUAACAUACAAUCUUCUGAGAAAUAUCACCACAUUUCUGAUAGGGAUAAUAGACCUAUUGAAAGAAGUAGCUAUAGUGAAAGAAGUAGUAGUUUUGGUGAUCGUGGAUAUAGAUAUACUGCAGGCAAAUGA